CGGGCGCGCCGGAUCAGAGCGACGCCGUGUGGUGGGGGGCAUCUUGUCGGCCAGUCCCGCGCACCACGUGCGCGCGUAGUGCCCGGCGCGCGCCGUCCUGCGACCAGCAUGGCCGCCGCUCUACUGGUGCUGCUGUUUGCCCUGACCCGCGCGUGCUGCCAGCCGGCCGACCCCGCUGCCGCGCAGGGCGCGGGCGAGUGCGAGGCGCGCCGGGAGCAGUGCCUGGCCGCCGCUGGGGGGCCCGCCCAGGCCCGGGCCGUGUGCGGCACCAACAACCAGACCUACGCCGGCCGCUGCGACCUGCUGCUGGCCCAGUGCCAAGGGCUCCCCGUGGCCGUCAAGCACCGCGGCCGCUGCCGAGAUCUGCAGCCGUGCUGGUCGCACCUGCGGCAAGGGAGCUCGGCGGGGGGCCCCGGGGGCCCCCUGUUCGUGCCCGACUGCCUGGAGGACGGGACUUACGCCCCCGUGCAGUGCUACCGGGAGACGGGCAUCUGCUGGUGCGUCACCGCGGUCGGCAAGCUCGUGCCCAACACGUCGGAGCGCUUCGCCACGCCCCAGUGCAGCCGGAGAGGCAAGUCCAGUCCCAGGAGACGGUCUUCCUCCGCGCCGCGAGGCCAGAAACAGAAGAAAGGAAACAAGAACGAUAAAAAUUGCAGCAGGUUCGACAGAACGCAGUUUAGCAACAACAUACUCAAGAAGUUCAAGGCGGACUACCUCCGCAGUGCUGGCAACUCCCAGCCACAAGACCCGGCGGAGGACGACGAGGGGGACCUCGAGCGCAAAGCGCUGGCGUGGAAGUUCGCGGGCCUGGACCGCGACGGGGACCAGUACCUCGCCGGGGAGGAGUACAAGGAGCUGCGCAGGCUGAUCCGGCGAGCCGCCAGGCCCCGCAAGUGCGGGAAGCACCUGACCAAGGUGUGCGACAGGGACGGGGACGGGCGCGUCUCCCGCGACGAGUGGGGCCUCUGCCUGGGGCUGGACUUCAAUCUCUCUUUUCAUUUUUUUUUGUGGCUGAAAUCAGACGAGGUCCGCGACGAGCCAGGGAGCGACGAGCCGAGCAGCCAGCCAGUUCUGCAGCGGCGUAUCACUUCGAGCGUUGAAGGCAUUCCGGAUCUAGGCGACGACUUCGACAGUGAGCAAGAAGUCAACGACUGCCUGUCGGAGCGGCAAGGGUUCCUGGAUGAGCAGAGCGCCAGCAACACGGAGCUCUACGUGCCCGAGUGCACGCCCGACGGGCGCUUCCAGAAGAAGCAGUGCUACAAGUCAACAGGCUACUGCUGGUGCGUCCACGAGGAUGACGGGAAGCCCAUCCCUGGGACGUCGAUGAAGAACCAGGACCCGGAGUGCGACAAGAUGCCCCCAGUCGUGCGACCGAUGCCAGGUUGUCCAGAACCGAAAAAGCAGACUUUCUUGAAAGAACUGAUGGAGAUCCUGAGAAAGAAAAUGCAAGCGGCUGUCAACAAAACUGCAACAGAAAGUGUGAUGGUGCUGCAGGACGACUGGUACAUCACGGCCCAGGACGUGGUGGCCAAGUGGAACUUCAACUCCUUCGACAAGAACAAGAACAAGGUGCUGGACAAGAAGGAGUGGAAGGGCUUCCGGGCGCUGGUGACGAGCAGCCGGCAGGCGCGCAAGUGCGGCAAGAAGCUGCCGCGCUACUGCGACGCCAACCACGACCGCCGCAUCAGCCUCACCGAGUGGCUCAACUGCGUCCGCCUGCAGCCCAGCCCCAGCACUUACAUUUCGACACCGACGUCUCGCAGGCAUGGGGCCAAUCCGCUCCAGAUGUAUCUGAACGGGGACUGAAGCUAACGAACCGAUUCAGCAGCCGCAAGAUGUCUCGCACCCAAGUCUCGGGCGAGCUCACCCUCUGAGGAAUUGAUCGUUGCGUCGAGGACAUCACGAGUCAAACGCUGAUGUUGCGAUUACGGUGUCGAAGUGUCCGCGUAAUGCAAGAUAUACUCUUGUCUGUGCAACUUCACGACUGUACGUGCUAUCUUGUUUGUUUUAACUACAGUUUAUUUUGUUUCCGGCGAAACGACACAUCACUCGAGCAGUAAUUCCUGCCCAUGUGAUCUGUCUUACGUAAAGUGACAUUGCAAGUGAUGGAUUGUGAAGAAACAUACAAAUAUAUUGAUGUUGUCGUCACACCAAGUUACAGUACAGUAAAAGUUGAAGAUAACAGUAUGACCGCAGCAUCUUUUCAAGUAGCAGGUUGUAAUUACUUGUAAUUAAUAUUCUGAUCAGGUUUAUUGCUGUUUUCUGGUGGAUAUUUUCUUUUGCCGCCAGCCAUUAAUAUCAUCGUAAGAUCGUUACUGUUCUUUGUUGAUGGUUGUCCAGCGCUGAAACUGGUACUAAUAAUUUAAUGUUUAAAUCAGUGUUGUUUAUCUGUAGAGUUUGUGGAUUUUCUUGUCUUAGCUGCAUGGUUACAUUUCCAGUAAAAUUAAAACUCGUAGUAUUGUAACUUUAUAUAAUUAAGCCUGUAAAUAUUUUUGUGGACACAUGUUCACCAUUAAAAAGAGAGUAGAGAAGACUUUGUGAAGUUUUGUCUGCAUCUGCAUUUAAGUUAUGCAGUAGUAGGUGAUUGUUUUUGUAGCCAAAUUUGUGAAGGAAAAAAAUAUGUGUAAGGUAGUGAUUUUAAAUUGUUUUAAUCAUUUAGGCCAUACACAGUAGUAACUCAAGGAAUGACAGUUGAUGAUUGAAAAUUAAAAUUAUUUGAUUCUUCCUAGUAUUUCUGCCACACUGGUUACUUUGAUAUAUGUAGUUUGUUUAUCGAUUCUCACAAUCUGGUGUUGGUACUUUAGCCAACCAAAUGUGCCGACAAUGCAUUCAUUAUCCGCGUGGAAAGGUGUUUUGCUGUGUCUAUAUCAGAUCAGAUGGCAUGAUUACAAACAGGAAAUUCCUGAUUAUGCUCAGGAAACAGUUAUUGAGUCAGUGUGGGAUGCUGUGUGUUCAUAAGCACAAUAUGUGUAAACACUGAUGUAAGGUACGUGUCAUUAGUAGAACCAAGAUAUUAAGGUGUUGAUCAAAUGCAACAAAAAUAUGUGGUUAGAUGCUUAAAAUGCGUACAUAGAAUUCUACAUAUAUUGAUAAGUGUAUGUUUAAAAAGAAUAUUCACCAUUAUUCUGUAAUGUUUCUUAGUUAACGAGAAAGUUCAACAUUUUUAAAAUUUUUAAAAAAUGCAAUGUUAUAUACGUACCCAAAAUCACAUGUUUCUCUGGCCUUUAGCCAUGUCUGUAGGUAUCAGCUAUAGACUUAUUUAAAUUAUUACUUAAAAAAAUAUAUAUUUACGAACUAAAUAAUUUUUUUUACUAUUACAUGAUAUUUAAGGUAUUUAAAAAUAUCCUAAACUUAAGAUUAAUGCAAUCAUAUUUAUAGUUUAACAGACAAAAUGAGGAAUUUGAGGUGAAUUUCACUGCAUUUUGAGUUUUGCUUUGCAUUUUGGUGUUGUGCACUUCCAUUUCAGCGUUUGGCGGUAAAUUGACUUCAAUUUCACUGUUACUUUGAUUUCAUUGCUAUUCACCAUAUAAUUUUGUCUCUAGUCAUUAGCGUAGCUUUUCCUCCAUCUGCUAACGGAGACUGGCCCUCCCAGGUGUAUCCACACAGCUCGUAUCGUGCGUCUCCAAUGAUGUCAGUGCAGGCAACUUACACGCUUGCCCCGGAGACUCCAACUACACGAUAGUGAUUUCAAGAAUUGCACUUCACUUCUUUUGUUUACGCAAUGUAUAGAGACCCGUGAAUUUCGCGGAUUCAUUUCGUGUUAUGCUAAAAUUCAAAUAAUUAUACCUUAGUGCUGCUUCUGUCAUUGGUUCUCUGUUAAUCUGGAGUAAUGAGAGCCAAUUAGAGACCCUCACUCAUAGAAGUGUCGAAUCACAGACCACCUAGUCGAGACGACUCACAAGUCAACAGCCAAUGAACAGUUGGCAUUUGCCCGAGUGUGUAGAGGAUAUUGGAGUCUAUCCUGGAGGUCAUUGAAACCGCGAAAUUCACAGGUCUCUAGCAAUGUACAGGAUGACCAUAAAAUAAUGUCCCAGAUUUAAUGGUAUAUUAUAACAGUUUAAUUUAGACUAUUUACAACAAAUCAUACAUCCAAUUGAAGGUGCACUAACCUAGUUUUUUUUUUUUUUACAAAUGUUCGAUAUGUGCAACUUUACUUAUACAGCACACAUCCAACCUAAAGUCUAAUUCUUCCUACAAUUUGGUUAAAAUGUCCGGAGUAAUGGAAGCAAUAGCAUCUUCAAUUCUGUGUCUCAAUUCUGGCAAACCAUUAGGUAGCGGCGGAACGUAGACACAAUCUUUUACAAAGCCCAGAGGCUUUAUAACGCAUGGCGUUACGUCAGACCCUUCCUUUUCCUUUACAAAUACAUCUGGUAGUUUUGAAUUCCCCAUACCAUUGGCGGAUAUAUCUGCCCCAUGGAGGAUCACAAUUAAACUUAAACGAAACGCACGUUGAACGGAAAUUACAGAUUUACUCUAAGCAAAUUGCAGAACAAAAUGCUUUACGUUCAGGAGUUGCCAUUUUGCGGUAGGUGGCGCUGCAAGCGAGAAAACAACAAAGCAAUACUCCCGCAUGCACUUAUCUAAAACUAUUUGAGUUACUCUUUAAUUGUGACCUUGAAGCAACACUUUACAAUGCUAAAAGUUGAUACUAUUUAUUAAAUUUAUAACUGGGACUUUCUUUUAUGGACACAUUUUCCACAGUUAAAUCUACACAGAUGAAAAUGGCAAAAUUUGCUCCUUGCCAAAGCUCUUGCCAUGUUUGUAGCAGAAACUAUCAUUGCCACCCACAAAUAAAGAAAUGUAAAAAUAGUUUUUUACGGAUCUUGAGUACAAAUGAUAAUUGUACCUUCUGUUAGUAAUGAGUAGGUAAAUAGAAGUUGAUAAAAGUUGAUGUUAGAUUGCUUCUGUGCGAAGAAGUGUCGUAGUGUAUUUACAGAAUGUUCUAUAUUCAGUUGUGAUGCCAUAUUUCACAUGAAAUAGCAAAAUACUGUAUUAACCUGUGGAAGGGUUACCCUUCGUAUGGGUCGCACCUUAAUUUUGGGCAAAAAGGGGGUCGUCUGUAAAGUUGGUUUACGGACGAUAAUUUUACGAGAUAACGUCAGAAAAAAUUUAUGAAAAAUUGCAUACAUUUUAAUUUUCAAAUAUUAUUUACAGUUUUAACAAAUUUAAUUUAAAUAAUUUGUUUAAAUAUAAUCACGAACAAUUAGUUAAAAAGCCCGCCUUAAACCUGUUUGAUAUUAUAGAAGAUUUUCUCGCACGGUGGUUGGCCGGUUCUUGCACGCUCAGCUCAGGCGGAACGUGACAAUUUUUCGUGCGUGCAGCCAGCGUUCAUCGAUUUAUAAGACGUUAUCACGUCAAAAAAUCAAACAUUUUCACCCUAAGCGUAGCCCCUGCUUACUGACUCGCAGCACCAUAUAUAUAUCUGUCUUCACUAGACCUACCCCUGGAUACGAGAUAAAAGUGAGGUGUUCCUUUUCUCAGCUUAUUUGUGCGUAAGAAAUACGACUGUCACUGAGUUAACCCUCAGCUCUUCUUUGCCUUUUUACUGCGGGACCAAUCCAAUGCUUCCACUUCCUAACAAGACAAAGGAAAAGACUGCUAUUUUUAUACCUUUGUUUCCCUGUAUUUUAUUAUUUUUUAUCCAUCCCUUUCCCGCAGUCAGUUCCGUCUAUGAAAACUAGCAUUCAGUUUACCACAAAGCUGGAGGAGUAUAAAAGGUGCUCUUUUAUAAACACCAGCGAUGGCUGCAGUUUUGUCACGGUGUGUUCAGUUGAAAGUGUGGGAAGUCUCAUUUAAAAACAAUAGGGAUUGGGCAAAGUUGCGUCACGAACGCCUGUCAAGAUAGACACGUUUAAUUGUGUGGGUGCCAGUUGACGGGACAUUUACAAAGAAGAGAGGGAGGGAGAACCGUCAGCACUGCCACAUGGCCUCAUUCACCAUGCAUACAUGCACACACGCUCCCUCCCUGGCUGGUUUAUUUUUACAUUUUUAACCCAAAAUUCACAUAUGGGUUGCAGUACAUUUUUUUUUUACACUAAAAAUCAACCUAAAAUAUGCUGUUGCUGUCCUUACACGGGUAAAUACGGUAUAGUCGAAUACCAACUAAAUUGAUCAAUUACACUGGCGUCUAAAGUAAUAGUAUGGUAAUUGAGGGGUUUCUAAGAGUAUAUCCAGUCCUUAGAGCUUGCAUCAUUAGCAUUGGAACACUGCCCGCAAGGCUAGGAUUGUGACCACUUUCAAUUAGAAAACCUUUCUUCAACUAGCCAGAGACAGUUCUGAAGUUUUAAAUGUUAGGAACACUGUAAUAAAAGUUUCUAGUUUUUAAAAGCCAAGGAUAAAUAACUGACUACAUCAAGCUUACUAAAACCACUGUGGCAAUAGUAAUAAUUAUGUAAUACUAUUUACAAGCCAAAAGUAAUCAUCCACAAAUCUGUACUGCAAGUGUAUGCUAAAUAUAAAAAAUAAUUAUGGGAUGACGACGAUCAGUCCCAUUUACUGUUAGUUCUGCAGAAAUAUUUGUAUUUACCGGCAAAUAUGUACCUACUACCCCACUGAUCUGUGCUGACUGCAGUGUUGUCGUAAGUUUACCCAUAAAGUGUGUACACAACUGUGAUUGAUGUUUUAAGUUUUAACCCUUUUGUCAUUUGUAGAACUGAUGUGUAUUUCAAAUAAAUGUGUUGUA